AUGACAGUUGCUUAUUCUCUAGAUGUUGCCACAUCUGGUCUGUUUACCCAAAUCAAAGUAUUACUUCGUUGGAAAGGAUCAGUGUGGAAAUCGAUAUGGUCAGAGUUGCUGAUUUGGUUACUUCUUUAUUCAGUUUUAUCCGUGAUUUAUAGAGUUUUGCUGAAUAAAGCGCAAAGAGAAGUGUUUGAACAACUUUGCACUUUCUUCGACACAUUUUCAGUGUUUAUUCCAGUCACUUUUAUGCUGGGAUUUUAUGUUUCGAUUGUUUAUAAUCGAUGGACUAAAGUUUUCGAUAAUGUUGGUUGGAUUGAUACAUCAGCACUAACAAUAGCUCAGUACAUCCGGGGAACUUCAGAGCGAGCUCGACUUAUUCGUAGAAACUGCGUGAGGUAUAUGAUUGUAGCUCAAGCAAUGGUAUUUCGAGAUGUGUCCCCUGCUAUUCGCCGACGGUUUCCAACAAUGCGACAUUUGAUAAGUGCUGGAUUGUUGACUGAAGAUGAAAUGGCUGAGUUUGAUGCAAUAGUUAGUCCACAAAGCAAGUAUUGGCAACCGAUUCAGUGGUUGUUCUCUCUUGUAACAGUUGCAAAGGAUGAGGGAUUAAUUGCUGACUAUUAUUUGUAUGUGGAUUUGAUGGAUAAAAUGCGCGACUUCCGAACCAAAAUUUUGAAUUUAGUGAUUUUCGACAUGGUUCCAAUUCCUCUGGUGUACACACAAGUCGUUAAUCUAGCAGUUCGGACAUAUUUCCUUUUGGCUCUGUUUGGUCGCCAGUUUCUUGAAAACAGCAACAACAUUCCUGGAGCAAAAUGGAAAAUUGAUAUUUAUUUCCCUAUCAUGACAUCAUUACAAAUUGUUUUCAUUAUCGGAUGGUUGAAAGUGUCAGAAGUGAUGUUGAAUCCACUCGGUGAAGAUGAUGAGGAUUUUGAAACAAAUUGGAUUAUUGAAAGAAAUCUUCAGGUGGGAUAUGCAGUUGUAGAUCAGGCGUACGGUAGAUUCCCUAUAAUCAAAAGAGAUCCAUUCUGGGAAGAGGAAACACCACAGACAAUGGAUACUCCGACGUCUACAAGGAAACCACACACGCAUAUGCAAGGCAGUUGUAUUAACAUGAAUGAAGCAGAUUUGGAUAACGGGUUGAUCUCAUAUGUGCGAAGACGUUCCAGAUCGUUUGGAGAUGAUGAUUCCAGUUCUGUUGUUACGGAAACGACAAGAGCUAACAGUAAUGCUUCAAUGUUACCCAAACAUAUGUGGGCCCAGCCGAGGAGCAAGAUUUCCAAUGCUAUUGCGAAAUUGUACAAGUCGGAGCCAGAACCAAGAAGAGCUAGCGUUUGUGUUGCUGCUCUCGAUUUGAACCAUCGUCGCCCUUCCGUAGAUUUUAGAGAAAUCGAAAACCCUGAAAAAGCAGAUGACGUCAUCUUGGAUGUCCCAGCGCUCGUACAGGAACGAAUUCGGAUAGCCAAACAGCAGGCGGUGAAAAUUGAGAUGCCUGAAGACACCAAUUCGCAACCUACGUCUCCGGAAGAAGACAAAUCUGCUAUUUCCCCAUCUGCCAACAACGUGAAGUGGUUUGUUGAAGAAAUGCCCGUUAUAGAAGAAGAAGAUGAAAAGGCUCAUAGGAAAACUCCAAGGAAUUUGAGCGCAAGCUCAUUCGGCAACAAAAAUCAAAGCGGAGGAGGUGGAGAUUUCACAUGA